ACUGAUAGUCGACUAACAGUCGACUUCGUGCUGUGUGGGGAAGAGCAUUGCAUUAUACAUUACACACUUCCACAUUUCCUCCCGCAUAUUUUUCUGCGCUUUUUCUCCCGUCAUCUCGCGCGCGUAGUUCUCAUUUCAAUUAACUGCGACGAAUGCCCGUUUAUCUAUGCCCGUGCAAUAAAUUAAUUAUUUAACGAGUAUCACGCGAUUCCCAUUAAUCGCAUGCAAAAGUAUAAUCAUAUUUAUAUUACUUCGAAGUCGCGUAACGUACGCGACACUUUUCUAUCCACCUGUCAGCUCGGAAUGAAUCUAUUGAAUCUAUUGAAAUUGAAAAGACAAACUUAAUUAUGCGAGUAAUGUCAGUGGUUAAGGUUGCCUUGAAGAAAAAGAAGAAUUUUCAUCCCGAAGGCAAUCGGUUCGCCACAGCUUGUUCCUGGCUUAAAAAUAUAUCUAUCUCUGUAUAAAAUAUCUAUAAAAAAAUUCCUCGUUCCCAAUCUUUCUUUCCAUAUAAAAAUUAACAGAGUUUCAAUUCACAUCGAAAAAUAACAGUGCAGCGUAAUAGCUCAAUGAUGACAGACAUUACUCCAUAAAUUAAUUGCCAAAGUUACGAAAUUUAAGUAAAUUAUGGAGCAGCUCAAGAUAACAGAAGCCGCGCGUCUGUGGAACGUCAAGUCAUUUUUCCUACCAAUGUAGAUCAACUUUAACCUUGAGUUGACUUAAUUUUUAUCUUUCUCUACUUCUAGAGAAAAUUCGAAAAAGAUGAAUACAAAUAAGUUAAACCGAGAUUAAAGUCAACCUACAUUGACGAAGAUGUCGAGCAUAACCUCAACGCGGCGAUGUUCUCGAAGGUCGAAACCGAAGGGAAUACCGGGAUGAGGGAAAGACCGCGGAGGGACGUCGCCGAUCCGUUUGGAGAACAGAUGCCAAUGAGAAAUAGAUCAUCUGGGAAAGCAACGAGUAAAAGUGUUCAGCAACAAUGAACAAACCCAAAAGAGAUUUGCUUCUCCGUUCGCAUCUACAUAGCCUGUAUUCUCAUGGGCCACACAACCGGUAGUUAUUAUAAUUAUUAUUUCCACCACUGUCCACCACGACUGGGCGAUCGACUUGUUGUGUUUACAUCGGUCCAAUUGUGGAAAAACUGUAUUGAAAGAGAACACGUGCGAAAUAUCGAACGGAAUCAUCGCGACACCUGUCACCUUGACGCGGCGGUCUAUCUGAUCCCACUCACGAUUGAAAAAAUCGUAACGGGUAUUCAACGACCUGUAAACCGCUGAGAGGGAAAGAGAAAUCCAUAAGAGAGAGAGGGGAACAGCGCGGUUUCUUAGACGAUUUCAUUACCGAAAAAAUUCGCACAAAAAAAACACGAGUUUUUUUCAUCAAGGUCUCGCAUCUAUAAUACAGGAUUUCGUUUCGCUUGUAAAUCUGUUAGAUAUUAAAGUAUAAUUGAAGAGACGAGCAUGGCGGAGAAAUGUGCGAGCGCGAACGACAAGGAGUAUCCGCCGGCGAAGAAAAUCAAGCUGGUGGACCUGGUGGACGACGACGGGAGCAUCGACGCGGUCGAGGGGAACUCGACCGAGAAUGACGCGAGUGAGGCGGAGCUGGAUCUGUCGGGUUUCAAAGUGACCAGGGUGCUGCAGAAUAACUGCGCGCGGAAGUUGAUAUGCAUGGAGGGGACGUUCGAGGACCGGGAGGGCCCGGCGGUCGUGCUGCUCGAGCAGAGGAGCUUCCCUUACGACAAGGUGGUCCUGGAGAAGGAUUUCUUCGACGGGAAGACGACCUACCGGAAGACCUUCACCAAUGAUGUCUACAGAAACUACAAUUGCUUCCCGACCGAGGAGCAGAACGGCCUGCGCGCGACCGUGAUAUACCCCGCCUCUCAGACGCACAUCGACAAAUACAAGAGGCAGGAGUUAUAUGUGAUAGACGAAACCUACGAACUUUAUCAGCAGGUCACUCUCCCCUACAUAGAGUCGAUGAGUCUGAGUUUAGAGUGGAUAACUAACAUUCUGGAGCACAAAGCUGAACAGGAAAAUGUUAUUUACGAGGACCCCGACAAGGAUAGUGGCUUCGUGUUGGUGACGGAUUUUAAAUGGGAUGGACAGACGGAUACGUUGAAGUUAUUGGCCCUGCCAUUCCAAAAAAUAAGAUCACUGAGAGAGUUGAAUGGGUCUCAUCUGCCUUUAUUGAAAAAUAUACGGGAUGCCGGGACGGCAGCGAUCAGCAAGAAGUUCAACGUACCUGCGUCACAGCUCAGAAUGUACUUCCACUAUCAGCCGUCGUAUUACUAUCUACAUGUGCAUUUCUGCUAUCUUAUGUUUGAGGCACCAGGAAUAUAUGUGGAAAAGGCGCAUCUUUUGUCGACGGUUAUAAGAAACUUAGAACUGAUGCCGGACUAUUAUACGAAAGCGGUACUUUCGUACGUCGUGUUCAAAGGCAGUCCACUGUACGAAAAGUUUAAAUCGCACGGAGCGCUACAGACGUUGACGUGUGAAACGCAAGAGACUGUAAAUAUAGACUAAAUAAGACUGCUUUACUUAGAAAGAACUUGAAAAUAAGAAAGGAGACCAUUUCAUAAAACAUGCAGUGUUGUUAAUCAGAAACAUCUUCAGCAGAAGCAGCGUAUUAAAUCUUCUUAUCAAUCACAGUUAUAUUGGAAUCACACCUUGAAUUACUUAUAGCUAGAAAACAUUGCAAAAGACUAAAGAGUACUUAUUUUUUAUACAACCAUUUUUUUACGUUACGUAUAUAUUUUACGAGAAAUACGAUAAUUUUUAUUUAAA